AUGGUCGACGACGGCCGAUUUCUCCAGGGCGAUGCCCGGGACCUCAUUGCGAAGGGCCAAUUGACCGAGGGUGAGUGGCACAUGAUGCAACAGGACGCCAAGUCGGUCAAGGCAAACCUGCACAAUCGGAUGCUGGCGCAGCUCGACCGCGAGCUCAGCACGGCCAUUGCAAGCCAGCCGACGGACCAAGUCCUCGACACGGACGUGGCGGCCGCCAUCGCUGGCGGGCUCUGGGGCGCUGCGAGUGCGUUCUUCAAGACACCCGUCGCGACGCGCGACGCGCCCGCGUCCAAGUCGUCGUUUCUGUGGGAGACAGCGAAAGAAGCAGCGCUCAAGUCGAUGGAAACCAACCAGAGAAUUCGCGCCGUCGACUACCUCAAGCUGGAGCACCACAGUGGAGACAUUUCAACCUGCGAGCACGUUGUGAUCGCCGUCAAUGGCUUUAUGACGCAUGGCAUGGACCCAUCAACCAACUGGGCUACCUACUGCCAGCGCAAGAACGUGGCAUGUUACGUCGUUUUGUGGGAAGCUGGGAACGGCGCCGAGUGGGACGACUUUGUCGACAAGUUCCAAGGCCAUUUCGAGACGGGCCGCGAAGACGUGAUUGCGACCCACUUUACAGGCAAUCCGUGGAACCGUGCCAAGAACAAGGCCCACCAAGUUGGUCAUAUCCUCGCCGAUGUGCUCCGCACGCACCCGACCAUUACGCGCGGCCGCAAGGUGACGCUCCUCGGUCACUCGCUCGGCGGCGCGGUGCUCUAUAGCCUCCUCGAUCGCCUCGCAGCGCAGAAUGCGUUGUCACCUCGUACCCGCUUUGAUCUCCAUCGCGUCGUGUCUUUGCCGGUGCAUUCGUGCCUGCGCACAACUUUGGCGCUGUGGCGGCCAAUGCCUUUCCCGACGUACGCCAAGACCGGAUUCUCAACGUGUACUCGACGCAGGACUGCGUCUUGAACCACCUCUUCCGCGUCGCGACGAUUCUCCAGACGCACCGCCCGGCAGCCGGCUGCACACCAAUCCAGUCGCACUACGUCGUCGACGUCGACGUCUCGGCGCUGCUGGCGCCCGAGACACACACGGCGUUUGGACACAGCUACGAGUUGAUCAUGGAGCACGUGUGCGACCGUCUCGAUGGCAUUUGGGAUCUGCCCAAUGCAAGUAGCAGUAGCAAGUACUAGGCAUCGGACGCAUCGCAUUCGUGUGAAAAUUGAAUGACCAGACCGACUACUUGUAAAUACCCCCCGACUUGUUGAACAUGUUUGAG